AUGAUUCUAGGAGCGGUCUUCUCACUAGCUCUUCUCUCCGCUAUUGCCACUGCGUCUUCAGUCCCAAUAUGUGUCAAAGAUUCCAGUACCACAACCUCAUUCGCCAUAUCUUCUCUGUCUAAAUAUACCACCCAGUUCUGCACGGAAGUCGCUUCCAGCAACUUUUCAUCUAAUACCAAGAACUAUAAUAUGGGUUCUACUUCUGCUUCUGUCAUUUCGCUUGGCUUUACCUCCGCUUCAACUAAUUGUCUUGGGAAUAACUCUGUAACUAACUGCGAGAACAUUUAUGAACUCCUUUUCUCCACUUUCUUAGGCUUGAAAGUAAGAGUAAUAACAAAUUCAAAGGCGGAAACAACAAUUCUACAAUCACGGGAUCAGGAUCUGUCAAUUCGGGAUGCGGUAUAUACAGCUUCCGGCUUACAAGUACGGAUCCCGAUAACAUGA